CCCUCACCAAUAAAGUAGAAUUAGAACAAGUGUACCUCACUCCAAUUCUUCAAACCCAUAAUUAACUAUUCCUAAACCCAAAAGGCCCUUUUACCUAUACAUACUUUACAUUUUCCAUAUGCACCUAACAUCAUAAGAAACUCAUCUAAUCCUUACAACUCUCAUAUCAAACCAUAACCAAACAUCAUUAAUUCCCUUCAAAACCAUACAUGGAUCCUCAAAGUAAACUACAACUAAGGAUCCUUUAUUGGAUCUUAUUACUUGUUUGUGUUACUAAUACUCUUCCAAUCAAAGCUUUAGAACCAAGGAAGCUAGUUGAGAAGUGCACACCAUGUGGUGACAAUCCAAUAUCAUCACCACCUCCAAUAAUAUACAAUUCACCACCACCAAUUGUGUAUUAUCCAUCACCACCACCACCAUCUCCGCCACCUCCAAUAGUAUACUACUCUCCACCACCACCUUCUCCGAAGAAAUCACCCUCCUCGAAUUGUCCUCCCCCACCGUCGUCGCCAUACAUAUACAUGACCGGACCGCCGGGGAACUUGUAUCCAGUUGAUGUGAACUUCAGUGGCUCAGGAGCAACUCCAGUCGGCCGUGGAAGCUUUGCCGGAUUCUUGCCACUGCUGGUUUGUUUGUUGAGCUUUCUUGCCUUUUGGUGAUUAGUUUGAGAUUAAAAUACUCAAAAUAUGAGUAGAAGAUAAUACAUAUAUAUAAGGUAAUGGGGAAGAGAAAUUAUAUUAGUGUUUAAUAUGUUCUAUAUGUGAUCCCAAUUUGUUGAUCAUAUAUAUAUUUAUUUCCAUGUCUACUUUUCUUCAUGUGUAGUUUCGUUGAUCCAAUAAACUUUCUUCUGUACCAUAGAGAAAGUAAUAAAUUUAUGAAGUCUUUUCUUAA